AUGCUAGGGUACCAGCACGUGGUACAGGUUUCUUUAGUUCAAAAUUUAGAUUUAGAUGGGAUUGAUAUUGAUUGGGAAUACCCCUCAGAUGAUGCCCAGGCAAAUGAUUUCGUAUUGUUAUUUCAGGAAGUUAGAGAUGCUCUCGAUAGAUUUGGCGAUUUGCUACAAACCCCUUAUCAUUUUCUACUUACUGUUGCAAGUCCAGCUAGUCCUGCUGUAUGUCAAAAUUGGCAAUUAUCAGAAAUGGAUCAGUACAUAGAUUUCUGGAACUUUAUGAUCUAUAACUACUCUGGUUCUUGGAGCUCUGUUUUCACUCAUCAAGCAAAUCUAUCUCCUUCCGGUAAUGGAUCGACUCCAUUUGAUACGGAAACAGGCAUCAGUUACUACAUUGCUCAAGGUAUUGCUUCAAACAAGAUUGUUUUAGGAAUACCUAUAUAUGGAAGAUUAUUCGAGCAAACGGGCGGAUUAGACCAAAGCUUUCAAGGCAUUGGACAAGGAACCUGGGCUUCUGGAAUCUAUGACUACAAAGUACUACCUCUACUCGGGGCUAUAGAGGCAUAUAAUAAAAAGAUUGGCACUAGUUAUAGCUGGGAUGCUUCAAAAAAAGAAAUUAUCAGCUACGAUAAUCCUAUGAUUACUAUUCAAAAAGGCGAAUAG